UUGUAUGAGGAAGACAAAGACUGUCCCUGAAAGAAAGCCAACACAAAUGACAGAUUAUUGAAGAAAGAACGCGGAAUUUGACGUCUGUAUCCUCAAAUCAUCCUUCCAAAUACCCCUUUUUCUUCUCCAUUCCCAUUACCCACAAUCCUAAAUCCUUCUUUUUCUUCUUCCCAUUUCCCGUAAACUUCUGUUUCCCAUAAUUCCAUCAAUGGCGUCUCAAUUUCCCUUUUCAUCUCCCCAGAUCUGACCUUUCUUGUUUCCCAUUUCUGAAUCUCCUUUCCCUUUCAUGGGGUUCCUCUUUUUUUAGCUCUAACCCCGAUCUUCUCCUCCAAUAAGAGUUAACUCCAAUGGAAUUGUCAUCCUCUGUUGAUUCUCUUGAUACCCACCAGGAUUCUUUUCCCAUCAACAAAGAAUACGAUGAUUUUCCAUUGGUUACUGUGGCGUCAAAACCCUCUGAUUUUGGGAUCCAACCCGAUAACCAGUUCCACUCGAUGAGCGCAUUGGAGAUCUUGAGAGAAACGGUUCGGAUUCUUCGUUACAAUUCUACUGCGUUUGUGCUUAUUGCCAUUUUGGUCAUUUGCCCUGUUUCCGCUGUGUUUCUAUCCAAUGUGUUAGUUGAUGAGUCGGUUGUUAAAAUGCUGACUAUUCGAUUGAUAUUAGUUGCUAAGUCCAGUGGGCUUCCAUUGAUGCCUAUCAUUGAACAUUCAUGCCAGAGAUUUGCAGAGUCGAUUCUUUCCUCAGCUAUGUGUUUCCCUUUGUUUCUUACUCUUUCUUUGGUAUCUAAAGCGGCUGUCGUUCAUACGGUGGAUUGUACAUAUGCAAAAAGAAGGUUUGAAUUAGGCCUGUUUCUUGCUAUAGUUCGUAAUAUAUGGAAUCGUCUUCUCUCCACGUAUGCUUCGGUGUGUCUUGCAAUUGUUGGUUGUCUUACAAUGUUCUUGGUUCUGCUUGGAGCUGUUUGCACUACUCUUUAUGUAUUGGGGUUUUCGCCUGAUCUAAUUGUAUCUGCUGCUGUGAUUGUGGGGCUUGUCUUCUCUAUUAUUUUUGCUAAUGCUGUCAUCAUCUGCAACAUAGCUAUUGUUAUCUGUGUGUUGGAAGAUGUUGCGGGACCUGGGGCAUUGCUUCGAUCUUGUGUUCUUAUUAGGGGUCAAACUCAAGUGGGUCUUUUGAUAUUUCUGGGAUCUACAAUUGGGACAGUGUUUGUGGAGGGAUUGUUUGAACAUAGGGUUAAGACAUUGAGCUAUGGAGAUGGGUCUUCCAGGAUAUGGGAAGGGCCUCUUUUGGUGGUUAUGUAUUCAUUUGUUGUUCUUACUGAUUCUAUGAUGAGUGCAGUUUUUUACUUCAGCUGCAGAUCUUCGAGUAUGGUGAUCUCAAAUGGUGAACAUGAUUCAAUUUUGGAUAUUGCUAUCUCUGAUGGAUCAGCUGGUAUUCUUUGAUUUGAUAGUUUCAUAGGUUGGAUUAGACACAAAGAUCUCUUUCUAGAUAAAGAAGAUGAUAGCGCCAGUUAGGAAUAUAUACUUCUUAAUUGUGUUGCCUUGAUUUUCCUUCUGUCGAGUCACAAAGAUCUGAUAUAUUGUGAAAGAUUACAUGUAGUAAAUGGCAGAGUCUAUUCUUACAUUGUAGAUAGAUACUUGAUACACAUGGAUGUUUAUAUAUAUAUAAAUAUUGCUUCAUUGAUGAGCAUAAGAUGUGAAGAAAGCAGAAUCUCUUCAUAAGUUUAAAGCAUCAUUAAUAAGAUGUCACUUUCAGGUUAGUUAGAUCGCAGAAACGCUUGGAAAACUUUGGCUGAAUAGUUUUCUAAUGCAAGAGGGCAUUAUCUGUGACUAUUUAUGGAAUGUAGAAUGUUGAGAGUUUUGUUCUGAAAAAUGAAUAUGAGAAUUGAUGUUGUACAGUAGAAAGUUGAAGGGAAUUGGUGAGCAAAUUUUCUUAAACACUGGAUUCAAGUUGGAAGGCUGCAAAAUGAGUGUAAAAAGAUAAGAUGUUCAUUUGGAAGAACGCUUCAAGUUCUCAAGGAUAUUGUUCAUUUUGGACAGCAUUUCAACAUCUGUUUUGCUCAAUUGAUAAUCACUGUUUGAAAACUUUGAGCUGCAUCUAGAAUAAGUUCUUGAUUGAUUCUUCGGCGCCUGAAACCCAAGGUCCAGCUUUGAACUUUUCUUCUCUUAAGUUGCUUUGCUAUUUCUUCAGUUUGAUCGCACUUGCUCUCAUUCUUACCCAUUUUUGGUUUAGUCAAUUCUCAAACUAUGAAUGAUGUGAUUUGAGUGAUUCAAUGACAAUAACUUAGAAAUCCUUUGAAUA